CUAAUAAAAACAAAACAUAAACAUAAAAUAAUGUUACCUGGCGUUGGCGUGUUUGGAACAGGGGAAAUAGCAAAUGUCCUGGUGCCACUGUUGCGCGAGAAGGGCUUCGAGGUGCGUGCGAUAUGGGGGCGCACACUAAAGGAGGCCAAAGAAACCGCAACGGCACAAAAUGUUGGCUUCCACACAAACGUCAUAGACGAUGUGCUGCUGCGUAAGGAUGUGGACUUGGUUUUCAUUGUCUGCCAGCCAUUUUUGCAUGCAGAGAUUUCAGUAAAAGCACUGGGUAUUGGCAAGCAUGUGGUAUGCGAUAAGCCAGCGGGCCUGCACCAAAUAGACGCUCUGAAAAUGGUGCGGGCCUCGCAGUACUAUCCAACGCUCAUAUCACUGGUGAAUCAUCCGCUUCGCUUUCUGCCUGCCUUUCAACAAAUGCGGCGCUGCCUGCAGGAGGAACUCAUUGGUCCACAAUCAGAAGUUAUGCUGAUGGAUGUGCGUGUGCAAAUGGGCACGCUAUUUCCAGAUAAAUACAACUGGAUAUGUGAUGCACAGAUGGGCGGUGGUGCAUUAAACCUAGUAGGCAGUGUGGUGGAUCUCGUGAGUUUUCUGCUGCAACAACAGGCGAUACGUGUGCAUGGCGUGCUGCGCGCCUAUACAAAAUCCACACCAGCAAUCAGUGGCAUACGACAAAUAACGGCGCCGGACUUUUGUAACUUCCAAAUGGAGCUUUCCAGCGGCACGUUGGUGACUGUGGCGCUGCACAGUCACACAGUGCCUGCGAAAAGUUUCUCACAGGAGGUGCUCGUCUAUGGCAGCAAAGGACAUUUGGUGGUGCGUGGUGGCGACUUGUUUCUGCUGAAGGAGGGGCAGCCCAAAGAGGAGGCUGUGUAUGUAGAUGUGCAAGACCUGCACUUUGCCACAAACAAUUCAUUGCUGCCGCGUCCCUACAUCAAAGGUCUGUGCAAAAUGGUUGGCGCCUUAAAAGAAGCAUUUGGCAGCAAAGAGUCCAGCUGGAUAAAAGCGCCUGUUUCCACAGCUGCCACCUUCGAGGAUGGUCUUUACGUGCAGGCCGUGGUUGAAGCCAUACGCAAAUCCAACGAGACUCGUCAAUGGCAGCGUGUUCAACUGACGGCAGAUGCGCCGCUUAAUCAUGAUCAGAUCAUUAGAUAUGGUUAUGCGCGCAUGUCCACCAUGUGAGGCGGAACAGCGGGAGCUGUGCAAUCAUCACAACACAACAAAACAUAACUUAACAUAGUUUAGAGUUAACUUCGACGGUCGAAUUGCAAUCGGCUUGAUACCAUCAAUGUAUUUAUUUGUAUUAGUAUAUACAUAUUGCAUUAAUAAAACGCAUUGUUUAGAUUGUAAGAUUAAGUACGACAGAGGAUA